AUGGCCUUCUGCGACGAUCGUGAGGACAUCUACUCGUUCGCUCUGACCGUUACCUCCAACCUUCUCAAGAAAUACAACAUUGACCCCAACUCCAUCGGUCGCCUCGAGGUCGGCACUGAGACCAUUCUGGACAAGUCUAAGUCGGUCAAGACGGUGCUCAUGCAGCUCUUCGGUGACAACACCAACAUUGAGGGUGUCGACACCGUGAACGCCUGCUACGGAGGCACCAACGCUUUCUUCAACACCGUCAACUGGAUUGAGUCCUCUGCCUGGGAUGGCCGUGAUGCCAUUGUUGUCGCCGGUGACAUUGCCCUCUACGCUAAGGGUAACGCCCGCCCCACUGGUGGUGCUGGUGCCGUUGCUAUGCUUGUUGGCCCCAACGCCCCCGUCGUUCUGGAGCCUGGCCUGCGUGGAACUUACAUGCAACACGCCUACGAUUUCUACAAGCCCGACUUGACCAGCGAAUACCCCUAUGUCGACGGCCACUACUCUCUUAACUGCUACAGCAAGGCUCUGGACGCUGCCUACCGGGAGUACAACAAGCGUGAGGCCAAACUCUCUCAGGCUGCCAACGGCCAUGCCAACGGCAAUGGCGAGGCUGCCAAGGCUCCCAAGGCCUCCAUAGACCGCUUCGACUACUUGGCUUUCCACGCACCGACCUGCAAGCUGGUCCAGAAGUCGUACGCUCGUCUUCUUUACCACGAUUACCUCGCCGACGCCGACAGCCCGGCCUUUGCCGAGGUUGCUCCUGAACUGCGGGAUAUGGACUAUGAGAAGUCCCUGACUGACAAGGUCGUCGAGAAGACUUUCAUGGCCCUUACCAAGAAGAGAUUCCAGGAGAGAGUGCACCCCGGCCUUCAAGUGGCCACUUUGUGCGGUAACAUGUACUGCGGCAGCGUCUGGGGCGGCGUUGUCAGCUUGCUGUCCCAUGUUGAUGCCGCUACCCUCGCCGGAAAGCGCAUCGGCGUCUUUAGCUACGGCUCUGGUCUGGCUGCCAGCUUCAUGUCCUUCCGUAUCAACGGAGAUGUUUCUCCGCUCGCCAAGACCCUUGACAUUCCCGCUAGACUAGAGGCUCGCCGCAAGGUGACCCCUGAGACUUAUGACUCUAUGUGCGAUCUCCGUAAGCAGGCCCACCUUCAGAAGGGCUUCACUCCCAAGGGCGAUGCUUCCACCAUCACACCUGGUACUUACUACCUCGAGAACGUUGACGAGAUGUUCAAGCGAUUCUACAGUGUUAAGGCAUAG